CGAUCGCGAACACCCAAUAUGGCGGCCCUGCUGGAUCACGACGCGUCGAGAACACUCUCUGGGAGUGUUCUUCCUCCCCGUCAUCACCUGCCAUCAUUUCGCGCACAAGCCACAGCAGCCCAACAACAACCGCCGAGGCCCAAACCGCAGCACCAGCGUCGCCAACAGCAGCACCUCCAACAACCCCAACAGCAGUUCCAUUACCGCCACCAACACCACCAGCAGCAGCAUCAGCAGCAGCCAAUGCAAGCCAACACGAACGACAACUUGACUGCGGUUUCAUCCAUUCAACCCGCACCCCAAGUUCUUCAACGCUAUCAGAACUUGCUCACCCUUCUACGCCUGCAACAGCAACUUCUGCACGCGCCAAGUCACUCCCAGACUACCACCACAAACGCCGUCACUCCGCAAGCGCGAGCCGCCCUACUUACCGCCAUCAUGCACGGUGCCCUUCAAAACCCUGACGAUAUGCACGGCCUCGCCUGGCUCAUGAACAGCAAUACACACGACCAGAUGCACGCGCCUUUGUUUCAGCAGCCGUAUCAGCCCCCGGCGCACGCGUUCCACACAACGCACCACCAGACACACAUGUCGUCCUCAGGGCCGUUCAGCAACAACAGCCUGGACGAUGGUGCGGUCGCAAACACCCUCCUACACAACCUUCUCGGCUCGCAAACGGCGCCAGACCGUGACGUCGCCGCCGCUACUGCAUCAUCCUUUGUGUCCCCGCUCUUUGGCAACCCGGAGACCAAGGCCCAGCAACCAAGCGCAAUGUCCUUUGAUGGGCUUCUUUCCGUGCAACAACAACUGCGCCAGCCAAAACUGAGGCACCAGCAGCAGUCGUCCCCAUCAUCCCCCGACGACGGUCUGGCACUCGGCCCUCAAGCGCAGCAGCAGCACCAUCAGCACCACCAGCACCAGCACCAACUACAGCAUCAGUACCAACAACCACACCAACAGCUACAACAACACAACCCUUUCUUUCCGUCAGAGCUGUCCAAUGCUCAGGGCAACACCGUGGCACCACCGCAACAUACACUCCCGUCGACAACACCUGCCAACGACAGCAGCAACCUUCUGCUCAUGGGACUGACAGACCUGUCAUCAAACAGCGCCACGAACAACGCAUUUGACAACGAGGCCAGAGCAAUGGCGCCGCCGCCGGCUGCGUCAGUCGGUGCCAUGGCCGAGGACGUGCGGGACCCUUCCUAUGCAUCAUCGAGUGUCACAGGCUCGUCUGAGAUGGCAGAGGAAGACAUGUUCAACCUGCCCGACCUGGGUGCGGAUGAUCUGCUGAUGGAGGACAACGGUGUGUUUGACAUCAGCAUUCUCAACCAGUUGGAGCAGCCCCUCGACUUCUCCACACUCUCCCGCCAGCUGUUGGAAGGCAGCGUGCUCACGGGCGACGCUGAUGCCGACACGGAGCCAUCCAUGUCAUCGUCACCAUCGUCGUCAUCGAGGAAGAAGAAGGGCAGGAAGGACGGGCAGCCGAAGAAACGGCGUCGUCGCCGUCGACUCACGGAGACGAAGAAGCGGCAGCUGCGCAACGAACAGCUGCGCCGGCUCAACAUUCGCAACGCCCAGCUCAAGCUCGCCCUGAAGAACCUUCGCAAGGAGGUGGUGCAGUUUGAGGACCAGGUCUACACCGUCUUCUCCAAGUUUGGCCGCCUGCCGGGGCAGACCCCCGUCCCCGUGGCAGAGGCGUAGCCCUUAUUGUCUACGUGUGGCUGUUUUGUGUGUGUGUGUGUGUGUGUGUGUGUGUGUGUGUGUGUGUGUUUGUGUGUGUGUGUGUUUGUGUGUGUGUGUGUGUGUGUGUGUUGCGUUGAAUCGUGUGUCGACAUACGUGUGUUACAAUCAUGUGUGAAACGGGGUGAGUGGACUGUGCUUCGGUGUCCACCACCCAUGGCUUACAACCCUUUGCCUCGUCAUUGUUGUUGAUAUGCAAAGCACGCUGCGGUGCAAACGCGUACACGCGUGUUCAUGUGUACUCGUGUGUUGACAUGUGCGUAUGCGCGUGCGCAUGUGCAUUCUCGGAGCUUUCAGAUUCUGCUUUUGCUUUGAUUAUUGCUGCUGACUUCCGCAAUACUCCCCCUGCUGACCACCCCCUGCUGACACCUUGAUAACUGUGGACUGCGUGUCACGCUUUACUGAUGUAACAACAAGUAAAUCAUCGCCAUGCCA